CGUCACAUUCUUCUUCCCCCUUCCACAAACGAUGCGACCGUUUUAUUUGUUGAAUGGGCUUUAACCGUGGGACACCUCCUCAUAUGGAAGUAAAUGGCUAAGUUUAACCUUACUGUCCUAUAUAUUUAUAAAACCUUGUCUUAUUUCAUGUUCUUGAUUUGAAGGAACUACUUGUGAACACCACCGGGACGUGUCACCUUGAAUUCCGCCUGACUGGAUGGUUGAACGUUGCCCGAUGCUAACGCGAAACUGACCCUUAAUAUAAACUCCCCAUUGAAGAAUCGUUAUUCGUGACUGUCGCCAGAGAUGGAUUAAUAUUAACCUUCAUCUAUGUGUAAUGAUAAUUGUAAGACCAGUUGUCUCUUUUUACGCCGAAUUGUAACAUGGGAGUCGUACUCCGGAACCUCCAGAAGGUGGUGCCUCUUCGCCGCGCCAGGCUGCGCGGGGACGUGGACACACUGAGGCACAUACUGGGCAUCCAGAAGUUCGACCUGGGCAUCAUCUGUGUGGACAACCACAGGAUGAGGCAGAUAAAUAACACGUACAGAAAGAAGAACAUGCCCACGGAUGUGCUGUCGUUUCCAUUCUACGAGGACCUGAGGCCUGGUAAACUGCCCUGCCCUCUUCACAGAGAUGAGCUGAACCUUGGAGACAUUUUCUUAGGGGUGGAGUUUGUGAUGAAGCAGUGCAAGGAGGAGUCCAUAGACUUGCAUGGCGCCCUCACGGUUGUCACUGCACAUGGCAUCUGUCACCUGUUGGGCUACAGACAUGAGACAGAGGAAGAGUGGACUGAGAUGCUGCAGAGGGAAAGCUACAUUCUCACUGAGUACAACAGACUCACAGGGAGACAUCUGGAGCCUCUGACCAAGAGAUGCACUCAGGACAGGUGACAGUGACGGUCACCUCUGUAGUCUGAGUCACACUAAUGUAUUAUGGUGCUUGAUUUUGUUUUAUGAUCCUGUAACAAGCUGGAACUCUCGCUUACUCACUGUCUGCCUCGCUCACACACAACCUGAAGAACACUGGAUGCUGUCCCCACAGUCCCUGCUGCUGUUUCAGGACCUUAAUCACCUGACACUGCUGGUGCUGCGGCUCAGUCUUGGGUCUCGUUUUCAGACGCUGGAUGUGGGUGUUUUUUUUUUAAACAUCAAACUAAAAAGUCAGAACACUUUCACUGUAAUAUUUUAUUAAAAUCUGCUUCAAGAAGAGUCAGUCGUGUAUGAAGGGUAGAAAAGCUGUUUGUUUAAACUUCACAAAUACAUGGUACCCUCUUCACAUUGCAUUUGGGUUGGGGGUUCAGGAAGGCGCAAUGUUUGGAAAUGUGAUUUAAAGGCUGACUUAAAAAAAUG